AUGGGACCGUGUAAUGUCGGAUCCCUUAAUCGGGCAGGUAGGUUAGAAAAUUUAAAAAAGGAAAUGGAUAGGUUAAUGUUGGAUAUAGUGGGAAUUAGUGAAGUUCGGUGGCAGGAGGAACAAGACGUUUGGUCAGGUGAUUACAGGGUUAUAAAUACAAAAUCAAAUAGGGGUAAUGCAGGAUCAGAAUGCUGGGAGUGGUGGUUCCCAUCCAACAAAAUCACACUCAAUGGUAGAACAAACAUAGCAGUCAUCAAACGGAAUCUCCCUGCUGAGAGGGAACAAACAUGUACCACAGUUUUUGCAGCACAUUGA